AUGGACACCUUAGAGAAACUGAUCUUUCUAUGCGUCCUUGCUCUUGGCAUUCUUGGGAUGAUGGCAUAUCUUUUGAAGGAAGAGAAAUUUGAAGCAGAAAAAACCAAAGAACUCCAUAGAGAUUUGACAUACAAAGAAAUGCAAAAUUUUGAGAAGCUUUUCAACCAAGAUGGAGCUACGUACAACAUUUCCGAAAAGUGCUCUUGCGAAUCACAGCCAGAGAAGAACGUCCAGCCCCGCUACCAUGUACAUAUUGAUCUUGGCAAAUGCGCGAGCAACAGGACGCUGAUAGCUGUCGAUAAGAAGAAUUAUGCGAUUGCUCCUGUCAGCCAACGAAAGUUGUUGGCGUUAUCACAUCUCCAGGAGAGACUCAACCAGCACAACUCGUUCCUGUUGUAG